AUGUCCAAACCAAUAAAUAAGAAAGUAAAGGACACCAAGAGAGCUAAAUAUGCUGCUGCUAAGACAAAAGAGAACAUAAUGCAACCAGAUGAUGCAUUAGUUGAAGAUGUGUCAGAUGGAGAGGUGGACUUGGGAUUUGUGGGAACUCUAGGGAUUAUUGAUGUGUAUGAAGCUCUUGACCCAGGUGCAGAAUCUGAUGGUGCUAAUUCUUGGCACUCAGAGGAGAUGAAGACUCCUCCUAAUUCUGAGGAUGAGCUUCAAUCUGAUGAGGAGUCAGAUGAGUUUCCAAUAUUUAGAAAUAGUACAAGAUUCGGUGAGCUACAUCUACAAGUAGGUAUGAAAUUCAACACCAAGUAUGAGUUCAGAGAAGCUGUAAGAGAGUAUACUAUCCAAGAGGGGAGGAGAAUUAAGUUCAAAAAAAAUGACAACAUUCGAUGCAGGGCUGUGUGCAAAGUGAAAGAGUGUGCCUGGGUUGUGUAUGCCUCAAGGGACUGUGAUGACUCAUGUUGGCAAAUCAAGACUUUCAACGACGACCAUACUUGUGCAAGGGAAAACACCAACAGGGCUGCUAAUAGGGCUUGGGUUGCUAGUAAAUUAGUGAAAAAGGUAAGGAAAUACCCCAAUUUCAAGCAAUGCGAGGCUGCUGUGUACUUCAGAACAAAGUGUGACCUUAUUCUGAAUAGAAAUUCUAUUGCAAGGGCACUGGUAGAUGCAAGAAAUGUAGUAUACGGGGAUGAGAAGGCACAAUAUGCGAAACUAAGGGACUAUGCUGAAACUUUACUCAAGACAAAUCCUGGAUCUACGGUACAGUUAUGUGUCGAACCUCAACCAAAUGGAGACGUCAUAUUUGAUAAGAUGUACGUUUGUUUGUAUGGUUGCAAGAUGGGAUUUAAGGCAGGUUGUCGCCCCUUGAUUGGGCUUGAUGGGGCAUUUCUGAAGACACAAUUUGGAGGUAAGAUCUUAGCUGCUGUUGCACAAGAUGCCAAUCAUCACAUUUACGUGAUUGCCUGGGCUAUAGUUGAAAUAGAGAAUACAGAGACUUGGAGAUGGUUCCUGGAGCUGCUUCAUGCUGAUCUUGGAGACUACAAAACUAAUGGAUGGUGCUUUAUUUCUGAUAUGCAGAAGUGUAUCAAUGUCCUGCAAGGUUUAAUUCAAGCUGUCCAGGAUGUGAUGCCAAGAGUUCACCACCGUUUUUGCAUUUGGCACCUCUGGAGGAACUUCAACAAACAAUGGAAGGAGCUUGAGUUGAGGGGACUACUUUGGGAAAGUGCCAGAUCAACAACAUUCCAGGAUUUCAUCGAUAAUAUGAAAAAUAUUAAGAGGGUAAAUGAGGAGGCUUGGGCAUAUCUCAAUAAAUGGCCUAGAGAGUCAUGGACAAAGUCCCAGUUCAGCCAUAGGGCAAAACUGGACAACAUUUGCAACAAUGCCUGUGAGGUUUUCAACGCAAGAAUCAAAGAGGCCAGAAGCAAACUCAUAAUCACAUUACUUGAGGAGGUGAGAAUGUUUGUGAUGAGAACUAUUGCGAAGAAUAAGGUAAAACUGGUAAAUCAUGUUGGCAUACUCCCUCCUGUAAUUCAAAGUCGCCUAGAUAAAAUCAGAAAAGAAUCAAAGAACUGGAUGCCUAUCUGGACCGGUGAUGAAGACUAUGAAAAAUUUGAGGUUCAUGGCCAUCCAACAAACAUGGUGGUGGAUCUUGGAAAAAGGCUAUGCACUUGCCAAUUCUGGAUGCUGACCGGCAUUCCAUGUGUUCAUGCCUGUGCUGCCCUUGCAAGGGUAAACAAGAGGCCGGAAGACUUUUGUCACCAACUGUGUACUAUGGAGACAUACAACAAGACUUAUGUCCAUCACAUUAACCCUCUUUCUGGCCAAUCAUUGUGGAAGAAAUCCUUGUACACUCAACCACAGGCCCCUAACAUUAGGAGGAGGCCUGGAGCUUUGACAAAGAAAAGGAGAAAAGAUGCUGAUGAGGGCAACAGUGGUAAUAAGAAAGCUAAACCUAGUGGAAGUUUGAAAAGGCAUUUGAAGCCAUUCACAUGUAGGUAUUGUGGGGUAAAAAGGCAUACUAAGAGAGGGUGUUCAAAGAAGAGACUGGAUGAAGUAGCUGCUGCUGUUGCAGCUGCAAAGGCUGCUUCAGAUAAAGCCAAAACAAAUGCUGCUCCUUCUACUUCUGAGGCUGGCCCUCAACCUCAAAUUGCUGCUGCACCAGCUGAUGAACCUCCUGCUGUGGAAAUUGACAUAUCACAACCAAACUACGAAGGAUCACAGGACAUAGCAGGACCUGCUACAGCUCCACCAUCAAGGCCACAGAAGUUGCCCACCAAAAGGAGGAGCUCACCACCACCUCAAUCCAUUGGUGUGGAUCCAAUGCAAGGAGCCAGUGUGGCUACAUCUUCCAGAUUGCACAAUUUUAUGAAGUUUGUUCCAACUCCCGGUUUCAAAGCACCAAGGAAAAAGAACAAUUCAUGA